AAGUAUUUGUAUAACUAAAUUCGUAGCCUACUUUCAGUUGGAUUGAAAUUGCUGGAGAGGACUGCCGAUAUUUCCAAUAGUCAACACUUGUUUAGAUGCUGAGAACGCUUCCCGUUUAAAAUUUGAUUUGAUUAAAUAUGAAGUCUAUGGCUGACACGAAUUGUACUUUUGAUCAACAUGGGGACCCAAAUGGAGAUAGAUUACUGCUCCAGGCGCUGUGGGAUGAUCUGCGAGCGCGACGGGAGUUUCUCACGUCACCUUAUCUGCCCGCAUGCUUUGCUUUCUUCAUCCACAUUCUCCUCUGCUCACCUUUCCUAGUAUUUGAAGCSCUGGGAUGUUUCUGGCCACGGAUAAAUUUCUAUAGGAUCUCUAGGAACGCUGAACCGUUGGGGCUGUGUUUGCAGCGAUGGGUUGACUGCAUUUGGAGGAUUUUUAUCAAAUACCUGACAACUAUUCUCCCGGCCAGCGCGCUCUACCAAAGCGUUCGGAAUCCAAUAUUUCCAGAACUCGCGCCAUCGUGGAGAGUGCUCAUAGCGGAGGUUAUCGCGUGCCUACUUCUAUUCGAUGCGCUGUUCUUCAUAUGGCAUUAUACCAUGCAUCGGGUUCCUUGGCUGUAUCGGAUGGUCCACCAGGCUCACCACCAGAACCGGAUUACCUUUGCCCUGACUGCCCAGGAUGCCAGCCCGGCUGAGCUCCUCUCCCUGCAGGUGCUGGCCCUGACCAGUGCCUGGGUGGUGGGCUGCCACCCUUUGAGCGAGGCCCUGUUCCACCUGCUCAACACCUGGCUGGCCGUAGAGGACCACUGUGGUUAUGACCUGCCCUGGGCCCUCCAUAGACUYCUGCCCUGCUUCGGAGGGGCCCCCUUCCACCAGGCACACCACCACGUCUACAGGGGGAACUACGCCCCCUACUUCAGGCACUGGGACUGGCUUUGUGGGACCUACCUGAGGGUAAGGGAGGAGGCAGGAAGGAAACAUGGAGGGAGGACAAUGAGGAGAAGGAGGAGGAGGAGGAAAAGCCUGGGGUCUGACUGUGUAUGUGCGCGGGCAUGCGUGUGUUAAAAUGUAUGCAAGCAAUGAAGCAAUCAAAUAACUGACAGGUCAGUUUUCACUCUCAAAAUUAUUAUUUUUUAUACAAUUUUGUUGUUUUUCUAAGUACUGUACAACAAAACUUAAAUCACAUCAGGAGACCACUUUUGAGGUGUGGGGAAGAAAAUAAAACUAUAUAUUUUGCAGGUUUUAGUUCCCCUUUUAAUUUCAAUUGAGCACAUCAAGAGACUGGUUUUUGGCUGGCAGUGUUUUUGUACUGCAUGUGCAAUAGCAGAGUUUGCAAAACAAAAUACCACCCGAUUUGAUACAAUUCAUUCUACCAGGUAAGCCUACUUUGCAGUUAACAUUUAAUUUGGAAAGUUUACUGGAAGGCCUUUAGAAAUUACUGUUUCGGAAAUGUUAACUGACUUGCCUAGUUAUAGUUUAAAUGUAAAAAAAAAUAUCAAAAAAAUUAACUGGCUGCACAAAGUGGUAGACACAGGCAUUCCCAUGCCAUUGRAUCUUCAGAAAGUUGCAAUAAAUACAAAUCACAGAUGCAUUCUUUAAUAUUUUUACAUGUAGGCUUUGGAUUGAAUGAAUCUGGUGUGAAAAUUAGCUUGCUAAUAAAAUCAGACAGUUAACGUCAGCUAGCUAAAGUUACAACAUCAGAUGAGCUAACAUUAGUAACCUAACCAAUUCUCUACAGUAUUAA